UCAGCUUGCUCUACAGGUCGGUCCGGUCUGCAAGUGUGACCUGUCCUUGGAGCUCCUCCCCACUCCUGGCAAGUGAGCACAGGUAUUGCGCCCCAUGUCUCUUCUAGCCUGCCUUCUGUAAGGAACUCUUGUAGUAUAUCCGCAGUCUCUGGUCAUCUCCUGUACAAUGUCUGCCGUCUCUGGUCAUCUCCUGUACAAUGUCUACCGUCUCUGGUCAUCUCCUGUACUAUGUCCGCAGUCUCUGGUCAUCUCCUGUACUAUGUCCGCAGUCUCUGUGUCAUCUCCUGUAGUAUGUCCGCAGUCUCUGGUCAUCUUCUGUAGAAUGUCCGCAGUCUCUGGUCAUCUCCUGUACUAUGUUAGCAGUCUCUGGUCAUCUCCUGUAGAAUGUCCGCAGUCUCUGGUCAUCUUCUGUAGAAUGUCCGCAGUCUCUGGACAUCUC